CUCGGAAAUUGGAGAGAGUGGUGCUUCUCUUUCUCUACAUAGCUUGCAGUUGAACAGUGGUAGAGACGUGAGACUUCGUGAACAAGGCAAACCCUUUCACUCUCCUCACUCCUCACAAUCACACCCCUUUCAACAAGAAACAAGAAAGAAGCCUUCUUCUCCUCUGUUUCCAUUGUUUUGUUUUGCUUCAAUUAGAAAACCAAUCAAGCAAGGUGCUUGCCUUUUCAUCUUCAUUUUUCUACUUUUGCUCUUCAACUUCAAGUUGCUUAUAGCAGUUGGUUCAAAAUCACUGCCAUUAGGAGAUAGCUAAGCCUCUUUUGAAAGACACAAAAUGUCCAUAGAAGGCAAGCAUGUUUGUGAGGAUCAAGUGGCUGCUGGGGUCCCUAGACCACCAAUACGUUUCAGAUUGCAUCAUGGUUCAAGAACAUCUAGCACUAGCGGGAAGUAUGAUAGCUCUUUUUGCAAGACGGCUUUUUCAGAACUAGUUGAGGAAGCAACUCAAGAUGGUUCCUGUGUUAUUGAUAAGAAGAGGUUUCUAGAACAAGAUUUGGAUGCUGAAAGUCCCUUGCAAUCUUUGGUUAAGAAGCUGAAAGUCUUGGAUUCGGAUGCAUCAAACAAAACAGUGCCAGUCCCUGGGAUAAGUGAGCAGAAUGUAGAGGAUCCUGAUUCUCAGAAAAAGAAGAAGCCAUCGUUUAAGAUUGUGAGAAGGGUGGUUGAAAACAAGGGUGUUUCCCCAUCUUUCGUGGAAGAGAAGAGGAAAAAUUCAGGCAGUGGUUCGGAAUUUUCUAAAGCUUUUGCUGAACUAGAUUUGGUAGAGAAAAAGCAUGAUCAGUUUCAGAUAACAAAAUGUCAAUCGUGCUCCGUAGACGGAGGUAAUAAGGUGCUAUGUGAAGAGCCUGAAAGAAAGGCACAAGUUGAUACUAUUCAAGGAGAACUGAAUUCAUAUUCCCGAGAUCUUGACCUUAAAAAGAGUGAGUGUGAAGCAAUCCAACGGCGCAUUAAAAGGCACAACAUAGAAUUUGAAUCAAAGAAAGAGCAGCUCAGCUCCAUCGAAAAGCUGAUUGCUGAAUGCGCGAAGCAUUUGAAGUUAAAAGAGGAACAAUGUGCCAUGGAAUGUGACAUGGUGCAUAAGGUGGUCGAGCAGCGUGAUGAAAUUCACAGGAAAAAGCAGAGGGAACUCGAAGAAUAUGAUGACGAAAUUUGCAAAAUGGAUGUGCAUCUCAAUUUGCUAGGGGACUUGUUCAGAGAGUCUGACAAGCAAUUUGUGUCAACCAAAAAGCAACUUGAAGAACGGAUCAAAGUUCUUGAAGUGAACGAAAAUCAACUUGCAAAACGAAUGAAAGGCCUAGUGCAAGAGCUUAAGUCAAGCAGGAACAAGUUCGAAUGUGAACUGAAGGAGCUCCAAUUGAAAGAGAAGCAAAUUGAAAGGCAAGUGCAGGAGCUUAAGUGCAAAGAGAAUCAGUUUGAAGAACACAGAAAGGAGUUUGACUUGAAGGAAAAGCAACUUAUAGGACGAGAAAAUGAGUUUGUAUUGAAAAAGAAGCAAUACGAUGGUCAAGUAAAGGAGCUGACAGCGAAGAAGAAGGAAUUUGAUGCUGAAUUAGAGGUGCAUGAAUCAAGACUGAAGAAUUUUGAGGGUAAAUGGAAGGAGCACCAAUUAAAGGAGGCAUUACUCGAAAGCCAAGUGGAGGAACUUAAGUCAAAAGAGAAUAAGUUUGAAGAACAGACAAAGGAACUUGAGUUGAAAAAAGAGAUGCUUGCACAACAAAUGAAAAAGUUCAAAUUGGAAAAGGUGAUGUUUGAUAUACAACUGAAGGAACUGAAGUCAAAAGAGAAGCAGCUUGAUGGCAAAGAAAAAGAUCUUGAAUCCAAAAACAAUCAUCUUGAAGGACGACUGAAGGAACUUGAGUUUCAAAGGAAGCAAUACAAAGCAGUAGAAAAAUCGUACGUAGUGAAAAAAGAACAGGAUAAUCAGCCAAGUUCUGCCAGUGAUGGAAGAAGUUUGCAGUCUCUCGCAAAUGAGCAAAUGAAUGAACUCGAGUCGUGUGACAAUGAAGUUUUAGCUCAACUCCGGUCCUGCCCAGAUCCUGCAAAACUCAUUUUGAAUAUAUUGAAGAAUCCUAUAGUUCCGCAUUGUAAGAUGGAAGAUGAAGUUAUAGCCAUUGAUGAAAGCCAAAUCUUCCUUCUUCAACAGCUGAUGCAACUAUCACCACAUAUCAAACCUCAUGUCAGAGACGAGGCGAUGGAGCUUGCCCUCAAUAUGAAAGCUAGCAUGGCAAGAAAUAUUGAAAAUCCAAAUAUGGUUCUUGGUUUCCUGCAGAUUUUGUCCGCUUAUGGACUAGUUUCUUCUUUCAAUGGAGAUGAAGUUUUUAAGCAUUUUGAAAUCAUUUCUCAGCACAAGCAAGCGGUAGAGCUCUUCCAGAUGCUCGGUCUUAAGGGUAAAAUCUUUGAUUUGAUCGAGAAUCUUAUAAAGAACGAGAAGCACAUUGAAGCUGUUAGAUUCAUCUGUGCAUAUAAGUUGGAAGAGAAGUAUCAACCAAUUCAUCUCCUUGAAGCACAUGUGAACAAAGCAAAGUUGAUUUGUGAAAACAGUUGCAACAAAACUAAGUUCAUUGAGAUGAAGGUUAAGGCCAUGGAUAAAGAAAUUGAUGGUCUAGGAACUGUUCUGCGGUGCAUGUCAGAGAACAAAUUACAACAUGAGGAUUUACUCAAGGUGAUUCUAAAUCGCAUUCUUGAGCUAGAAAGAUUCAAAGCAAGUAGUAUUGUUUCUGAUAUCAUGGCUUUCUUCCAACAUUGCUUGGACCUGUAGUAAAGAAACGUGGUAGUAAAAAAAUGGGGUAAAUAAGAUAACUGUGUUCUUACUAUUUGAUAUUAACCUGUCUGGCAAGAAAAAAAUUGUAAGAGUGAAUAUUCCUCCAUUAUUUGCUAACUUUAUUUUGUUCAUGUCAUUUUGCUCUAUUUGGAGCUUAGAAUGUCAGCUACAAUGUAUACUGCUUUAUUUAGUUUAUUAAUUCCUGAAUUUGU